UGCCUGUCAGUCUGAACAAUACAGGCUAGCAAUCGCCGGCAGCGCUGGGCAGGUUUUACAUACAGCUGUUCACUUACCCGCAGCAACUGUGAGUGACUGAGCGGACAGUUUCGUCUCCGGACUUGUUGUGUGCACUGUGAACGGGGUUGUCAACAAAUGCAGGAAAGGGAUCAAAGUUUCGGUAUACAAAUGCUCUCAGUCCAGCCAGAUACCAAGCCGAAAGGUUGUGCUGGCUGCAACCGCAAGAUCAAAGACCGCUACCUCCUAAAGGCCCUGGACAAGUACUGGCAUGAGGACUGCCUGAAGUGUGCCUGCUGUGACUGCCGGCUGGGCGAGGUGGGCUCCACACUCUACACCAAAGCCAACCUCAUCCUCUGCCGUCGGGACUACCUGCGGUUAUUCGGUGUCACUGGGAACUGUGCUGCUUGCAGUAAACUUAUCCCUGCCUUCGAGAUGGUGAUGCGAGCAAAGGACAACGUAUACCACCUGGACUGCUUUGCGUGCCAGCUCUGCAACCAGAGGUUUUGUGUUGGAGACAAGUUCUUCCUAAAGAACAACAUGAUCCUGUGCCAGACGGACUACGAGGAAGGCAUAAUUAAAGAAGGCUUUACGCCGCAAGUCCGCUGAAAGAGAGAAAGAACACACACACACUCACACACAUACACACACACGCACACACAUACACACAAAGAACUAAUUCCAUAAACUUUUUGUAUUCACCCCACAUGUACAUAAGAAACAAGGCCGGAUUCGCUGUAUAGGGAACAAGGACACUAUGAUACUGUCGUGGGACUGGGAUGGAUCCAGGGAUUCAUCACCCCCUUCCCAAACAACUGGCUGUGGUGCGAGUGACAAGCGGCAGUUGUUUAAUUCACUCCUCUGUCCAGAGGAAGAGGAAGGGGGAGAGACAGCCUGUCUGUUUUACACUCAGGUCCAGUGGGGUUCUAAAGAGUGGUCUGUUUGUCCCUGGUCCUUACUCCUUACGCCAUCCACUGUGCCCAUUCACAGAAGAACAAUCUGGAACUCAUUUCAGCUUGAAUCUGACCCUACCCUGGUUCUCAUAUGCUAACAGACAGAUUGAUCUGAGACACCGUUAAAGGGGCGCUGGCGAAGGCUUUUCAAUUCUUAACUCAAUUAUUAAUUUCAGCAAUGCUCACCCUUCCAUUUCCUGUUCUCAAUCUUGAAUUUGGGAUAUGCAGGUAUUUCAAAUACAGUAGGAUUAAACAUUGCUGCUGCUGGCAGGGCUUUUCUUGGGAUGUAGGUCAGUUUGAAUCCAGUAGGUCAUUAAAACUAUUGACCUGCAACACAGGAAGUGGCAGACCUUUAUCUGUAGUUGUACCCCCUGUUAAUGUGUGUAUCCCAAAUUAUACAAAGAAUCCAUUGCAAAAUCCAUUACUCACUCCUAGAAGGAUUCUGAAUCUAUUACUCACUCCAAGGAUUCUAAAUCCAUUACUCACUCCAAGAAGGAUUCUGAAUCUAUUACUCACUCCAAGGAUUCUGAAUCCGUUACUCACUCCAAGAAGGAUUCUGAAUCUAUUACUCAUUCCAAGGAUUCUGAAUCCGUUACUCACCCCAAGAAGGAUUCUGAAUCUAUUACUCACUCCAAGGAUUCUGAAUCUGUUACUCACUCCAAGAAGGAUUCUGAAUCUAUUACUCACUCCAAGGAUUCUGAAUCCGUUACUCACUCCAAGAAGGAUUCUGAAUCUAUUACUCACUCCAAGGAUUCUGAAUCCGUUACUCACUCCAAGAAGGAUUCUGAAUCUAUUACUCACUCCAAGGAUUCUGAGUGGGAUUUUAAAGCCUUGGAUAGCGCUCCGUUAAAGAGUAUUGUAAAUUUAUUUGACGCCGUUUUUUUUUUUUUUUUGCUUGCUAUUGUAUAUGAUUGGUUUUUAUGUGUCACCUGGCAUGAGAGAUUUAUUUUCGGACGACUCUUGUAUAUACUGUAUUGUAAUAUUUCAAGGACAAAUGUAAUACAGUUUUAUUGUGUUUCCAUUUGUCUUUCUUUUUCUCUUUUUGUUCCUUCUUUCAUUACUGUUGGUAUUUUGUACAAUUCUUUGUUCAGAUUUUAUUGUAAACCUUUUGCUUUCUGUACUGGGAAAAUGUAAGCAGAGCUGUAACUUUAUAGUAAAAAUCCUGA